GCAAGAGUCAUGCAAUCGAAUCAAUUGUGAGACCGACUUAUAGGACUCGACUCGGAGUCGUGUGAGGCGAGGGUUAGGGUUGUAUGUCGCUUUUCCGGACAUCAUCUGGCCAGUGGUGUUGAGCUCCGACGGCCUCAGUCGACCAGACUCCGGCAAAAGCCACCAACACGCCGACCAACACUUGGCUAGCACUCCACGACAUACAAUGGAUGCGGUACUCAGGGCGCGAGGCGCAUAUGUGUGCCGGAGCUGCACCCAGCGCUUUCAGCGACAUUUGCGACGGUCCUACGCAAGCGCUGCGGUGCAACCAGACAUCUACGAUGUGGUCUGUGUCGGGGGUGGUCCCGCGGGCCUGAGUCUUCUGGCGGCACUGCGCGCGAAUCCCGUCACGGCGCACCUCCGAAUCGCCCUCGUCGAAGCGCAGGACCUGGCCAAGGUCAAGUCGUGGAAGCUGCCCCCGGAUAGGUUCUCGAACCGAUGCAGCUCCCUCACCCCGUCCUCCGUGCUGUUCCUCGACCAGAUCGGUGCUUGGAGGCAUUUGGCGCGCGAGAGGGUGCAGGCAUACCAGGAGAUGCAGGUGUGGGACGGCGUGACGGGCGCCCGGAUUGAGUUCGACUGGGCCCCUGGCUCAACCUCUGCUGCCGGGACCACGAUUGCCUACAUGAAUGAGAACCUGAAUCUCACAUCUGGGUUGUUGAAGCGGUUAGAAGAGUUGGGCGGCGUGUCCGUAUUUGACAGCGCCAAGGUCGAAAGGAUAUCCUAUGGCGAGGAGACAGAGGACCUGGACUUGCGAGAAUGGCCCGUGGUGCACUUGGCAGGUGGCAAGCAGCUCUCCGCGCGACUCUUGGUUGGUGCAGACGGUGCCAACAGCCCGGUGCGCUCCUUUGCCGGCAUUGAGGCUCGUGGGUGGGAUUACAACCGGCACGGCGUCGUUGCGACUCUCGAGCUGGAAGGGGAGGGCUGGGGCGGAGAACACACCAAGAUUGCCUACCAAAGGUUCCUUCCCACGGGUCCCGUUGCCAUGCUUCCCCUACCGGGAAACUACUCGACCCUGGUCUGGUCAACAACGCCCAGCAACGCCUCUCUGCUCAAGAGCCUGUCGGCCAAGGAUUUCAUUGCCAUGGUAAACGCGGCCUUCCGGUUAAGUCCCACUGAUCUGGAGUACAUGCAUACUCAGGAGUCGGGACAAGCCGGGGAGUACUCCUGGAGGCUGGAACACACGCCGUUCGAUUACCACGCCGUUCCUCAGACAGUUGUGGCCGUCCAGGAGGGCACCGUCGCCUCUUUCCCCCUGAGGCUAAGGCACGCAGAUACUUACAUCGGGGAACGUGUGGCGCUGGUUGGCGACGCAGCCCAUACCAUCCACCCGCUGGCGGGUCAGGGUCUGAACCAAGGGCAGGGCGAUGUGCAGAGUCUCGCCAAGACCAUUGAGUACGCCGUCAGCCACGGACAGGACAUCGGGACCACCAUGUCGCUCGAGCCAUACGUCUCGGAGCGCUAUGCUGCGAACCAUGUGCUCCUGGGCGUCUGUGACAAACUCCAUAAGCUCUACUCGGCGGGCAGCGGCCCUCUGGUGCCCCUGAGGUCGGUGGGCUUGAGCGCUGUCAACGCUUUCGGGCCCCUCAAGUCGUUUCUCAUGAACCAGGCCGCCGGAAACGGGAUCAAGGUCUUUUGACACGGCCCGGUUUCCCCAUGCUCCACCAUGCCGCGUGGCCUUGUCCUACUCUGGCUCUCCUGUUGUACAGAACUGUUUGCCCCAUGUAUCAUACUUCCUCCGGCAGGGGCCUGUUGUUUGGAAGGACCUCUGCGGAGAUCAGACGGAAUACACUAGCGGCUAGUUGUUGGCGGCUACCGCUCUAUCUCGCGGCCAUCGGCGUCGUACGAGAUAGAAUGGGGCGAAUGAUCAGGGGGAGCCUGUUUUGUGCCGCUCUUGAAAAGCAUGCAGGUUUCUGAAAUCCUCGAUCUUCCCAUCUUGAUUUCUGCUUUCCUUACUGUAUCUCUUGCAAGUUGGGUUCCCGAGCUUGAGACCAUCGAACCAUCGGCGCCUGUGCUGCUCUAAGUUCAGACUGAUAAACCAAUCCCUUCUUCUGGUACAAGAGGAAGCAUCAAGUAGUUCCUUCCGAACCACCAUCGCAAAGCCC